UCCACUCUCACCACCUUGACCUCCACGAGCACGGGUGUAACAGAGGACACUUCGACCACCACGGAGACAACAAGCACCACCGUGCCCACGUCCACCUCCACUCUCACCACCUUGACCUCCACGAGCACGGGGGCUACAGAGGACACUUGGACCACCACGGAGACAACAAGCACCACCGUGCCCACGUCCACCUCCACUCUCACCACCUUGACCUCCACGAGCACGGGGGCGACAGAGGACACUUCGACCACCACGGAGACAACAAGCACCACCGUGCCCACGCCCACCUCCACUCUCACCACCUUGACCUCCACGAGCACGGGGGCGACAGAGGACACUUCGACCACCACGGAGACAACCACCACAGAGACAACAAGCACCACCGUGCCCACGUCCACCUCCACUCUCACCACCUUGACCUCCACGAGCACGGGGGCGACACAGGACACUUCGACCACCACGGAGACAACAAGCACCACCGACACUUCGACCACCACGGAGACAACAAGCACCACCGUGGCCACGCCCACCUCCACUCUCACCACCUUGACCUCCACG